AUGACACAAGGUGCCCGCCGGCUCAUCCAAUCACGGAGAAGCGUUUGCGAUCAACGGGCCACAUCGGGUGAUGACUCAGCACAAGCCAUCGACACCUCAGGCAGCAACACCACACCACCCGCAAAAUCCAGCCGGCUACACGACACUUCGUUCUCCCUUCGCACCCCCCCCAUCGACUCUCCCCUCACCACCUCCCCCAUUGACUCCGGUCCAACAACCCGCUCCGAUAUGUCGUCCCUCUCCAUUUUCCGUGUUGCGACGCGCGCCGUCCACCCUGCCAGCUUCGUCCGAGCUCCGAUCGUCCGCUCCCGGGUGCAGACCCCGGUGACUCUGGCCACUACCCGCGCCCGUUACUUCGGCAUCACCCCCAAGCGCAUGUCCGGCCAUGAGGACGAGACCUACGAGGAGUUCUCCGCUCGCUUCGAGAAGGAAUUCGACACCGUCCAGGACGUCUUCGAGCUCCAGCGCAACCUUAACAACUGCUUCGCCUACGAUCUCGUUCCCUCCGUUGAGGUCCUCACUGCCGCCCUGAAGGCCGCCCGCCGUGUCAACGAUUUCCCCACCGCGGUCCGUGUCUUUGAAGGCAUCAAGGCCAAGGUUGAGAGCCAGGAGCAGUACAAGCAAUACCUUGAGGCCCUCGAGAGCCUCCGCCAGGAGCUGGGUGUUGCUCUCCGGGAGGAGCUGUACCCCCAGGAGGAGUAA